AUGACGACUGCAUUUCCUCUUCUUCGUCUACCGUACCUUGUACUUAUGCAUGCCUUAAAACAAAUGGAAUUUCUGGAUAGAAUCGCAUUCUCUAUUCUUUCCAGACGGACUAGAAAGUACGUGAAACUACUCAAAAUGAAUAGUAAGAAUGUCAAUUUGAAAUGGAAUGGUAACAGAAUCGAUAUGAUAGUGUUUUGUGAUUUUACUAGAGUAUUGGAAGCGAAUAUGUAUAUCGAUGAAUAUCAACAAAGCUUUUUCAAGAAUCGAUAUAAACCGGUUUAUUCAUGGCGCGACAGUAGUCUACUUCCAGUGGACUACGUCCUUUCAAUUAUGGACGUCAUGGAUUGCAAGUUUAUCGAUAAGUUCAUAAUCGUUAAAAUUUCUGAACACGAUUGUCUUCCAAUCAUCGCAAAACUUCCAAAAAUUGAUGAAGUCGUUGUUCAACAUGAUUGGCCUGACGUUCCUUCUUACGAAGCAUAUUUUCAAAAAGAAAGACAACUUCGUAGAGUUCUGAAAACUGUUUUGCCAUUAUCUCCUGCAGUUUUUAUUACCUAUCAAUUCCAAAACCGCAAUCACCUCCGAGAAAUUCUCAAUGGACAUUUUGACGCGGUGAUUUUAAUGCGGUCCGGCAACUGGAUUACUCUUAAUGAUUUGUGGAUUACAAACGCUAAGACACUUGAGAUUCAUACAAAAAAGAUUAACAUGGAAGACCUAAACCGCUAUUUCAAGUUGUGGACAAAGAAUAUAUGCAAUGAUCGACUGGAAUACUUGGAAGUCGUUUUGGGACUGACAGGAUUGCUUUUGAAUUUGAUAUAA